AUGAGUCAGGAUAGGAAAAACACGGGUCUCUUCACGCAUAAUGACUAUACCGUGGGAUGGGUCUGCGCCUUGCCCAAGGAGCUAACGGCCGCUACAGCCAUGCUGGAUCAUCAGCAGCAACCACUAUCGAAGCCCCGAAACGAUAUCAACUCGUAUACUCUCGGUUCCAUUGGGCCUCACAACAUUGCCAUUACUUGCUUACCAAAGGGCAUGAUAGGAAAUGUCCCAGCAGCCACAGUUGCUAGUCAUUUAGUCACUACCUUUCCCUCUAUCAAGGUCGGUCUCAUGGUAGGUAUUGGUGGUGGUGUACCAUCCAACAAGGUCAGGCUGGGAGAUGUUGUUGUCGGGACAUCCUCUGGUGACUACCCGGGAGUGGUGAAGUGGGAUGCUGGCAAGGUACAUGGGCAGGGAAAGUUUGAACGAACUGGAUCACUUAACAAUCCACCUCAGUCACUGUUGACAGCUCUUACACAACUAGAGACGCAACACAACCUGGUCGGAUCAAAGAUCCCCGAGUAUUUGGAAGAACUGAAAGACAAAUGGCCCAAGCUUACUGCUACAUCUUUGCGGAGCGAGUCUCUCAAAGACUUAUUAUUCAAGUCGUCUUACGAACACCUUGAGAACACUGCUUCUAACACGGACGAUGAAGAUCUAGAUGGGGAUGAGGACGAGGAGCAGGGCCCUUGUCGGUUUUGUGAUAGAUCCAUGAUUGUGAAGAGAAAAGACAGAGAGAUGCGCAUAUUCUUUGGUCUAAUCGCAUCAGGCGAUAAGCUGAUCAAAGAUGCUGCGUCACGGAACACACUUAACAGAGACCUCGGUGGACGGGUCCUCUGUAUCGAGAUGGAGGCUGCGGGUCUUAACAAAGAUUGGCAGGAACACGCAGCUAUUGUAGCCGCAGCUUUUGCAAAGGAGCUCUUACAGUAUGUACAGCCGACCGAUGUGAAAGGGGAGCGUCCACUGAAAGAUUUGUUGAACGAUGUCUACUGUAUUGUCUCCGAAACAAGAGAAGAUGUCGCCGAGAUCAGAGCCAAUCAGAACAGGAAGGAUGAUAUCAAGAUUCUCGACUGGCUCACAGCAGUUGAAUACGGCUUGCAACAGAGCGAGUUUCAGAAGGUUCAAGAGCCAGGAACUGGCAGUUGGCUUCUCAAUACCACCGAAUACCGAGAUUGGGUUAAGAAACCUGGGCAAACUCUCUUUUGCCAAGGUAUCCCAGGUGUUGGUAAGACUAUCCUGACAUCAGGUCUGAUCGCACACCUAAACUCAGAGCUCGCGGGAGACUCUGCAGGCGGUUUAUCAUACAUCUUCUGCAACUUCCAGAGGCAGGAUCAACAAACCAGUGACGGCCUCCUUACAUGUAUACUGAAACAGCUUUCUGCCGGCUUGCCGUCCCUGCCAGAGUGCUUACGGUCUCUCUACACAAACCAUGCUAUCCAACGGACACGGCCAUCACCCAGAGAAAUUAUUUCUACUCUUGGGCCCGUGAUCUCUGAACACUCGAGAGUAUUCAUCAUAGUUGAUGCGCUUGAUGAGUACGGGAGUGCUCCUGGCUCAAGGGAGUCCUUUCUUGUGCAGCUUGCUCGACUACAGGAAGAAUUUAACGUCAAUAUCUUUGCCACUUCCCGAUUUAACACCACAAUAUCUUCUGAGAUCAGAUCCAGCUUCCCGAACAGCGCGAGUCUAGAGAUCAAUGCGGUGAGGGGCGAUAUUGGCACAUACAUCGAAGGAAACUUCAACAUGUUGCCUCCCGACAUCCGGCAAAACAAAGGUCUUCGCCGGGAUAUCAUAGAGUCUGUUCAGGAAUCGGUAGACGGAAUGUUUCUUUUGGCGCGGAUUUAUCUGAACUUGCUUAGCUACAAGGUGUCUGAAACAGAGAUACGAAACCAGUUAUCCAUGUUCAAGCGAGGAAGUAGGAAGGGCAAUGCAAAAGCCUUGUCCAAUGCAUACGAACAAACUAUGACCAGGAUCAAAUCCCAGGAACCAGAUCACGCGAUGCUAGCCAAAGGAGUUCUUCUUUGGCUUACAUACGCGAGAAGCGAGUUGACCAUUGAGGACCUGCACCAGAAUCCCCAUGAACUAUUUCCUUUGACGGAACAAGACAUUGCAAGAACCUGCAUGUCACAUCUGUGGAUUGAAGAGAAUGAACGUUACCGUUUUCUCGACUUUGACCUCGCUACCAGAUCCUCGUAUCCAUCAUGGUGGUACAGCGCUGUGAAUUGGGGACACCAUGGGCGCGAUUCCUCACUUUCGAAUCGCGAGCUUAUUGAGUUUUUGGAUGAUGAGGCGACCGUUAGUCUUGCCAUGAGGAACGCUCUGCAGAAAUUCAAAGUUGGCUACUUCUUCAUGAGACAUCUUCAUAUAGCGGCAUAUUUCGGUCUGGCCGAGCUUGUUGAGUAUCUCCUUGAUAUGGGGACAGCGGUAGACAUAGCGGACCGGACCGGGAGGACUCCACUAUCAUACGCCUCCGAACAGGGGCAUGAGGCUAUUAUGGUGGUGCUCCUUGAAAGGGGAGCAAAAGCGGAUUCUCAAGAUGGUGAGAUCGUUCCCAAGUGGCAUUAUGAUAAUGAGAACGCAGGACGCACUCCAUUGUCAUUUGCUACGGAGCAAGGGCACGAAGCUGCAGUUCAUAUCUUGAUUGCUAAUGGGGCUUCUGCUUCGGUAAGGUCCAAAUCUGGACGCACACCACUAUCUUAUGCUGUGGAGGACAAACGAGAGAGUCCGGUUAGGUUGUUCCUCGAGACGGAACAUGAGGAUAUCAGCAUUGAAGUAGGCCGUGCAGUUGAUAACGAGCAUGAAGCUAUCGUCCGACUGUUGCUUGAGAGUGGCGCUGACGUCGAUUUCUCAAUAAUUCCAGGUUUCACCCCACUACUUCGUGCAACACGCGCCAACAACGAGAACAUAGCCAGGCUGCUACUGGAGAAUGGGGCAAAUCCAGACCCUCUUCACAGUAUGUCUACACCACUUUUGUUUGCUGCAGCAAGAGGGUAUGAGAGAAUUGCGAGACUGCUCCUUGUAACUGGAAGAGUUCAGAUCGACCGACCAGAUAGAUUUGGGCGUACCCCUUUGUCCCAUAUGGCACAGCAUGGACACAAAACCACAGUGAGAAUACUGCUUGAUAUGGGGGCCAACCCUAACACUGCGGCAAAAGCGACUUUCGUUGGAGCACAAUUCUAUAAUGGAAGAACACCUAUUUCGUUCGCAGCAGAGAAGGGGCAUCAAGAGAUCGUUGAGCUUCUUAUCGCCAGUGGGGCGGAUCCCAAUCUAAUAUCUACCUCUCAAGCCCAGAGCACCAGAUUGACGCCAAUUUUAUAUGCGGCAAGAAACGGGCGCGAAGGUGUCAUUCGAACCCUCGUGGAAUCAGGCCGAGCAGGCCCGGAUUCCCCUGAUGCCAAAGGUAGAACACCUCUUUCAUAUGCCGCAGAAAAGGGUAUAAAAUCUACCGUCAAACUGUUGCUGGAAAGGUAUAAGGCGGAUCCUGGUCAUAUGGAUGAGGAUGGGCACACCUCUCUUUCGUAUGCUGCCCAGAAGGGUCACGCUGAUGUUGUCUGUGAACUGCUGGAAACGGGCAAGGUUGGCCCUGAUUCUGCUGACGGCUGGGGCUUUACACCGCUUUGUCACGCUGCAUUAUGGGACCACAAACGCGUUGUGCUUUUGCUAAUUGAAAAGGGAGCGGAUAUUGACUAUAUCAUUCCCCACGGGGACUGGAAAGGAAAAUCCGCUUUAGUAAUUGCUACAGAAUAUGGGCAUCAGACAAUCUUAGACAUUCUAAACAGGAAGGGGUAG